AUGUCCAUUCGCUUAUUGUCUCCCUUGCGAGCACCAAUCUCAAGACGGCUCUUUUCGAAAUCUGCUAUAAUAGCUCAAUUGAAUAGUUCCAAUGUCAAACUUGCAACUUCACAUCAAACUCAACUUGAACUAGCAAGGUCUAAAUUCACCCCGCAAGAACUUGAGCUUGCAAGGCUCACUAGAGAAGCAAAAUUGGGCUGGCUCAAGAACCUCCCUGAAAAGUGGAUACCUUAUCUCGAACUUAUGAGAUUGGAGAAACCAGUUGGUACUUGGUUGUUGUUGAUACCUAGUUAUUGGGGGAUAACUAUGGCCGCAUAUUCGAUUGCUGCUCCCUUGACGACAACCCUUGGCGCGAUUGGAUUAUUCUCUGCUGGUGCACUCAUUAUGAGAGGUGCAGGGUGUACCAUUAAUGACAUUUGGGAUAGGAACUUAGAUAACCAAGUAGCAAGAACCAUGGAAAGACCAAUUACUAGUGGAAGGGUUUCAGUUCCUCAAGCAGUUGCAUGGCUUGGUGUCCAAUGCUUUGCUGGAUUGGCUGUAUUGUUGAGCUUACCAUGGGAGUGCUUUUAUUUAGGAGCAUUUUCCUUGCCAUUUGUUUUUGCUUAUCCGUUGUUUAAACGAUUCACAUAUUAUCCACAGGCUAUAUUGUCAAUUUGUUUUAGUUGGGGGUGUCUUUUGGGAUUUCCAGCUGUUGGAGCUCCUUUGAACUUAUGGGUCGCUGUGCCAUUGUUUAUUUCAAACUGGAUUUGGUGUUUGACCUAUGAUACCAUUUACGCUCAUCAAGACAAAAAAUAUGACAUUAAAGCUGGUAUAAAGUCAACAGCAUUGGCAUGGGGAGAUAAGACUAAACCAAUCCUUAAAGGUUUGACUGUUGCCCAGGCGGGAUUUUACACUAUGGCUGGGGUUAUGAAUUCCAUGGGCCCUGGAUUCUACAUUUCCGGAGCUGUAGCUAUUACUAGAUUGUACAAGCAAAUAAUCAAUGUUGAUCUCGAUGAUGAAAAGAGCUGCUGGAAUGCGUUCUCAUCAAACAUUCAAACAGGAUUCAUCUUUUGGUAUGGUAUCUUAUUUGAUUAUAUUUUGCUUCUCUUAGGUUUCCUAUAG